CGGUUCGGUUCAGUUGGUUAUUUCACUCACGACCCCACAACAUCGCAACACGUCGACGUCGACAUACCUAUAUUAUAUAAACAGUACGCGAGCCGCGCGCCGACCGACUUAUUGUGAUCAUCAAUUUUUUUUUUAAAUUUACAUUUUUUUUCUUGAAACGGAUUGCGGUAGCUUAACUUGACAUCGUACGGUCAUAACGGCAGUCGUCAUAUUCGAUACGCUGCACAGUGAUUGUUUCUAAGUUUAUUAUUGCCAUCUGUAAGCAUGGGGAGAGGAUCCUCAGGUGAUAAUUUCGUAGUCGCAAACUGCAACUUUGGCCACACACGCACCCAGUUACCACCACGACGCGGGGCGAUCGCGCUCCGGUUCGAGAGGACUACUACGCGGGGUACGACGGCGGGACGUGAUCACCACCGUCGAAACAACAACGUAAUGGAAAACCCGGCUUACAACCCGGAGGAGGGCCAGCGGAUGGCCAACGAGUGUUUGGCCGCGAGGUUAUUGUCCGGUAAGGACAACACGGGCGGCCGCGGCGGGCCCGGCACCGCGGUGUCCACGAUCUACGACCCACGCGCCUUCGGAACGACCGCCGCCGCCGCAGCCACCAACGCCGCCGCGGUAGUGACGACGCCCACGCCAGCCGCAUUCCAACCGACGACCCGGCAACAGCCCGGCAAGCGGUGUACCUGCUGGCAGCCGCCCUCGGACAUACCGCAUUUGCAUAAGUGCAAUUCGCCGCCCAGGACCAUGUGCCACACCAACAUGUUUGUCCUGUACACGUUUCUGUUCUUCACGGCGAUCAUAUGCCUGACCACCAGCGUGCUGUUGUACAUCACCAGAAUACAAGUUCCACACAAGGAGAAAUAUCCGUUAGUGGUAGAAGGAGAAUUUCAAAUCACAAAUAUUCCAUACACGAUAGGCUUUGUGGAUAGAAACUCCACCGAGUUUUUAGCACUGAGUGCCAAUAUCACGACUCAGUUGGAUGACACGUUCAGAAACAGUGAACUAUCACCGUGGUAUGAUGGCUGUGAGGUGAUCGAUCUAAGUCCCGGUCAAGCAAAAGGCGUUCAAGUACAGUGCGAGAUCAAGUUCUCUCAAGAACCCGAGUCUGCGAUCGGCAUUGGGCAGAUCGGCAUUGCGUUCCUCAAAACUCUUCGCAUACAGCACGGGCAUACUUGGUUGGGAAACUACAGCGUGGACGUUCAAUCCAUUGGAUUCCAAAUGAGUGGCGAGUUGGGCGUGUGGACUGAUUGGUCGGAAUGGAGCGGCUGUGAAGAUCCCGGAGACUAUGUAGCUACCAGGACCAGGAAAUGUUUGACUCGGGACACGCGAGAACCGACAAGCGUGGACCGGUGUCUGCUCAUACCGGGCAACAAGAGUGAUCUGGACCUGAUGCCCUGUCGGAUAUAUUUGUCACAAAACUCGGACCUCGAUGAAUAUUUCACAGUCCCGCCACCGAUUUCGACAUCGACCAGCAAGGAAGUAAUCGAACAGGCACCGACAAACAAAGUCGCUGAAAAUGUUGAAGAUAAUUGGAUUUGUGACGAAUGCAAAGAAGACGAAGUCUGUUUGGCCGAUCGUGACGAAGGGAUUCUGCAGUGUUUACCAAGUUUGGAUACAAAGGAUUUAACUGGAUGUGGGGGUCGAUGUGGUAUAAACACCCAGUACUGUCAAAAUAUUCAUAGAAAUGCGUAUACUUGUGUGGAUACGUCGCCGUGCUCUAAAAAUGAGUUUGAGUGUGGAAACCGCAUGUGCGUAUCGGAUAAGGCGAAGUGUAAUGGUAUUUACGAUUGUUUAGACCAGACAGACGAAAAAGAUUGUCCAUGUGAUCUCGACACACACUUCCGAUGUGGCAUUCAAUGUUUGCUUAAGACGAAAAUGUGCGACGGCGUGUCAGACUGUUGGAAUGGCCACGACGAGCUUAAUUGUACCCAUUGCGAAGAUGGUAAAUUUGCUUGUAAUUCAAACGAUGAGUGUGUGAGCUACGAUCAUUUUUGCGAUGCAUACGCAGACUGUACAGACAAGUCUGACGAACCGUUAGGAUGUGAAGGGCCUUGCAGGAGUAAUGAGAAAGCUUGCAGAAAUGGCCGGUGUGUAAAAAUUCAUACGCUUUGUGAUGAAAUAGAAGACUGCGGAAAUAAAUUUAUCAAUAAAACUAAUUGUUAAUUAGUAAAUUUAAAAAAAAAAAAUAUGUAAAUUGAAACUUUUAUUUAAGUACCUACCUAUAUAUAUUGUAUUUGUUGUAUGUUGUAAAUUACUUAGUAUUUAUUAAUAAAAUAUAAUAUUUAAACACAAAA